AUGUUUGAAGCAACUUUUGCUAAAACAUCAUUGUUUAAACAUGUCAUUAAAGCAACAAGAGAACUUGUCACUGAUAUUAACAUCAAGUUUACAGAAUCUGGUAUUAACUUUUCAAGCAUGAAUUCAUCACAUAUUGCACUUAUCUCUGUUUAUCUUAAUAAAGAAAGUUUCAAAAAAUAU